GAGAGAGAGAGAGAGAGAGAGAGAGAGAGAGAGAGAGAGAGAGAUAGUUCUGUUAAGAAAAGGAAACAAAAAGCAGGGUAAAACCUUCCAGAUGCAUGGAAAAUUACAUAAAUUCAAUAUAAAGUUCAGAAUCGUGGAAGAGGACUUGUUCAUUGGGUAAAGCGAGUGGACACAAUCUACUGGUGAAGAACAAAACAGAGGAAGAGAAGAAAGGGAAGCUGGUUGGUUGAAAAGCCUGGCUGCUUCAGGGACACACGCAAAGAAGAUCUAAAAACGGAAAACUAAAGCAAAGAUCCAAACCAGGAGCGUGAAGGAGCCGGGAGCUAUACCAACAGGAGCGUGACAAAGAAUUGAAACUCAUCUUCAGGAUGUCAGUGUCUCGGAGGUGUUUGUGCUGUGUCAAAUAUUUGAUGUUUGUCUUUAACCUCAUCUUCUGGCUAGGAGGAUGUGGCUUGUUUGGCAUCGGAGUCUGGUUGUCCUUCACGCAGGCAGAGUUUUCCUCUCUUCCCCUGUCCUUUCCAUCGCUCUCGGCCGCUAACCUGCUGCUAGUCGCCGGUGGCAUCACCAUGGUGACCGGCUUCCUGGGUUGUCUUGGAGCCCUGAAAGAGCAGCGCUGCCUGUUGUUCAUGUUCUUUGUGAUCCUUUUGCUCCUGGUCCUGACAGAGGUCACUCUAAUGUUGGUUAUACACGUCUUCCAUGACGAGCUGGAUUCAAAAGCACAAGGUGAAUUAAGGGAUGGUAUGAAGGUGUAUGAAACAGAACCUGGACUGAAAAAAUCCUGGGACAAUGUCCAGAAAAUGUUCAAAUGCUGUGGAGUAACUAAUAAAACAGACUGGUAUGAUGUGCUGAAUGGAACGCUGCCCUCAUCCUGCUGCUCUGUUGGGAUGGAGAAGUGUUUUGACGGAUGGAGUGAGCCGUGUUAUCAGAAGGCCAGGCAGUGGCUGCUAGAUAACAUCCCAUCAGUCCUGGUGUUUGGAGGGUGUAUUGGUGUUGUGCAGAUCUUGGCCCUGGUGUUCUCCAUGCUGAUGUACUGUCAAAUUCUGUGCGCCGAGAAGGACUUGGACUGACUGAAGACCAACUGAUCACUGGCCCCUGACGGGAGGGCAGAUCAAACUCCUCUGGGAUGUCAAUACACCGACCCGACCUGAUCCGAAUGGUCAAAACCUCCAAACCAGACUGGGGUGCUCCAGUGCUUACUUUAUAAUGAACGUCGUCACAGUUUAACAUUGCAUUAUGUCAGAUCAGUAAGGUUUCAUUUUACCACUAGAAUCCAUCAGCCUCUAGACAAAAUAAAUUACAGUCCAAUAACCUCACUGCAUUGCUCCUGGAGAGUAUCACACAUCUCCCUCUUUUACACUACUUUGUUUCCGGAGUUGCUUAUUUUAGAAUUUGUGUCACAUAUAGGAAAUGACAGUGUGACAUUUGUUAUAGAUUAUGUUUUAUCAUAUUUUCCGUGUUAUGAAACAACAAGAGAUGCAUUUUGUUACUCAGUAUAGGACUGCUAGAAAAAUGCACCCUUACUCACCAUUCAUAAUGUUAUUAUCUAUCCAGAAUGUCAAGAAAGAAAUGACGAGAAGAAGAA